CUUUAUAUGAAAAUAACCUGUAUACCGGUGAUUAUGGACAAAAAAACGUCUAAUGAAGGCAUAUAUUCAGUUGCAGAUAACACAUAAACUAUUUAGCUCCAGUAAUAAGAUUCAGUAUUUAAAUAGGAACUACACCUUCGUUUGCUUAGAAACGAAAGAUAACAGUUAUCAGUCUGACAGUAGCAACGGUAUGAUGUCAAUUAGCUUUGACAUUAUAUUGAGAACUCUAAUCGUUUCUUCUAGAGAUAACCCGUUAUUUAAAUAUAACCGGUUUCUCUUUUAUUUGUUAUUUGUCACGGCAAGCAUGGCCCGCGUACUUCCUCAGGUCUUAAUAUUCUUUCUUAUUGCAGCUGGUGCAUCGGCGAACACGAGGAAGAAGAGGAACCUGGAGUUGUUGCUGGAGCCCCUGCUCCUGAUCGAGCGGCUGAGAGCAGAGGCCGAACUUAGACCACUCCUGCCAGGUUCCGGAGGGCUCCUCCAUGGCUCUUCUUCCGACGGGCACAGUCAUCAGUCUUCAGUUACUGAAGUAACAACCCAGGGUUCAUCGGACCACGGUGAGCAUCAUGGUGAAAGCAACGAGCAUCAGUCCAACAGCACUGAGCAUCAAUCCAACAACACCGAGCAUCAGUCCAACAACACCGAUCAUCAAUCCAACGGCGAUCAUGGGAGCAAAGAGAAGCACAAGCAUAAGAUGCAUCACCACCACAAACACCACGGGGGAGGGGGGCACUGAUAUCGAGUUUGUAUUCGAUUCCUAUUGUCUUUCUUAAAUUAAUUUUUUUUUUUAUAUUCAAUAUUACAUAUAUUUUAUUUAUUGUUAUGAUAUUAUCGCGUUUUAUGAUAAUAUUGAUUUUGAAAUGUUUCAGCACAUAAGAUAUUAAAAGUUUGAAUAGAUUUAAUUUAAAUUAUACAAAUAAUUAUUCAUAAUACCUUAGAGCUUUUUUUUAAUUUAUUAAUUUGUUAUUUUAUUU